AUGGUCCACCUCGCAACCGUCAACACGCCCCCCGACUCGGGCUCCGGCUCCGAGGACUCGGCCACCGCCGCCGACCUCAAGAGCGUCCAGCAGAGGCUCAGCAAGGUCCAGCUCCAGCUCGCCGACGAGGACGACUGCUUCACCACCAGCGUCUACGGCUCCCGCUUCGCCAACCAGGACCUGCCCAGGAGCGAGAUGCCCGAGAACGAGAUGCCCAAGGAGGUCGCCUACCGCAUGAUCAAGGACGAGCUCAGCCUCGACGGCAACCCCAUGCUCAAUCUUGCCUCUUUCGUGACGACUUACAUGGAAGAAGAAGCCGAGAAGCUCAUGGCAGAGAGCUUCAGCAAAAACUUCAUCGACUACGAGGAAUACCCCCAGUCCGCCGACAUCCAGAACCGCUGCGUCUCCAUGAUCGGCAAGCUCUUCCACGCCCCCGUCGGCGCCGGCGAGGGCAUCGGCGCCGUCGGCACUUCGUGCGUCGGCUCCUCCGAGGCCAUCAUGCUCGCCGUCCUCGCCAUGAAGAAGCGCUGGAAGAACCGGCGCCAGGCCGAGGGCAAGCCCGUCGACCGCCCCAACAUCGUCAUGUCCAGCGCCGUCCAGGUCUGCUGGGAGAAGGCCGCCCGCUACUUCGAGGUCGACGAGAAGCUCGUCUACUGCGCGCCUGACCGCUACGUCAUCGACCCCGAGGAGACGGUGAACCUCGUCGACGAGAACACCAUCGGCAUCUGCGCCAUCCUCGGCACCACCUACACCGGCGAGUACGAGGACGUCAAGGCAGUCAACGACCUGCUCCUCGAGAGGAACCUCGACGUCCCCAUCCACGUCGACGCCGCCAGCGGAGGCUUCGUUGCCCCCUUUGUCGUGCCCGACCUCGAGUGGGAUUUCCGCCUCAAGAACGUCGUCUCCAUCAACGUCUCCGGUCAUAAGUACGGCCUCGUCUACCCCGGCGUCGGCUGGGUCGUCUGGCGCUCCGCCGAGUUCCUCCCGCAGGAGCUCGUCUUCAACAUCAACUACCUCGGCGCCGACCAGGCCUCCUUCACCCUAAACUUCUCCAAGGGCGCCUCCCAGGUCAUCGGCCAGUACUACCAGCUCAUUCGCCUCGGCAAGAAGGGCUACCGCGCCAUCAUGUCCAACCUCACCCGCACCGCCGACUACCUCUCGAGCUCCCUCGAGGUCCUCGGCUUCGUCAUCAUGUCCAAGCGCUCCGGCGAGGGGCUGCCCCUUGUCGCCUUCCGCUUCGCCGACCGCGAGGACCGCAGCUACGACGAGUUCGCCCUCGCCCACCAGCUCCGCGUCCGCGGCUGGGUCGUGCCCGCCUACACCAUGGCGCCCCACACCGACGACCUCAAGAUGCUCCGCGUCGUUGUCCGCGAGGACUUUAGCAAGUCGCGCUGCGACGCCCUCAUCAACGACGUCAAGCUGUGCCUCGGCCUGCUCGAGCGGAUGGACCAGGACUCCGUCAAGCGCCAGCAGGACUACAUCCACGAGCACCACCUCACCAGCACAAAAUCCUCCCACAACCACCCAAAGUUCCGGAAGGAAAAGCAUUCCAUACAGGGUAAGACUGGCAAAACGCAUGCAAUUUGCUAA